CCAGCCUCAGUAAGCGACCCCUGAGACGUGGGGAAAUUUGUGUAUACCAGCAGCAUUUGUGUCAGUUUUACUCACUUUCCUUUAAUGUUUCUUUGAGUGGUGUGAUAUCUAGAAGCUGGGUUUGAAACUUAAAUAUUAAGGAAGAAGACCAUCUAUUCCUUGUCCACUUUCAAGUGGGAGUCUGAGGGCUCUGUUUUCUACAACUUAAGCAAAUUGAAGUGCUAUAGGCCUUGCUUGUCACCACUGCCUCCUUCAACAAGCCACUCGUUCUUCCCCCUUCCUUUGCAGUGGCACUGAUCUGUGUCACAGGGUCAGGUGAAUGCCAUUUAAGGAAGGCUGUCUAGCUGAAGGCUACCCAGUGCUUUUGUAGAAAUAGUUUGCUGGCAGUUUUCAGACUGACUUGAGGUUGAAAUCCAACCACUUCAGAGGUGCCACUUCAAGUAAAGGAGCAGGAAUAUAUGGCAUACUGGAAGGGAGGCAGGAGAAAAAUCUGGGUAGAUGUGAUGGGUGUUGCAGCAAUGGCUUGGCUCUGUUUAAAAAGAAAAAAAAAAAUCCAUCAAACUGCAUGUUUAAUUUUCAGCUGGAUCAUCUUGCUGGACUGACUUGUAGUGUGGCUGCACAGCUUCUUGCCCUUGGCUUGUGCUGAAUCACAGAGCCCAUAUUCCUGGACUGCACCUUGAGGUCGUGCCACACCACGCAGGAGAGGAGCAGUGCUCCCGAGAAAGGGAUUGCACCGAGAGAUCUGGUGAUCAUGUUCAGAGCAGAAGAUGCCGUGCUGUGUAGUUUUAGUAGCUGGUUGGGCUUCUGCUUUAACCUGUAAAUGGAAAACUCCUGUUUGCAACAAUUUGGGAUUCCAGUUACUCCUCAGUGCCAGGUAGAGAGAAUUGUUGACAAAAGGAAAAACAAGAAGGGAAAAACAGAGUAUUUGGUGCGGUGGAAAGGAUACGACAGUGAAGAUGAUACUUGGGAGCCAGAGCAGCACCUUGUUAAUUGUGAGGAAUAUAUACAUGAAUUUAACAGACGCCACAAUGAAAAGCAGAAAGAAAGCACAUUAACCAGGACAAACAGGACCUCUCCAAAUAAUGCCAGAAAACAAAUCUCUAGAUCUACCAAUAGUUCUUUUUCAAAGACAUCUGCUAAAUCUUUAGUUAUGGGUAAAGACCAUGAGUCAAAAAAUAAUCAACUCUUUUCUGCCACCCAGAAGUUACGGAAAAACAGUUCACCAUCUCUUUCUGGAAGGAAAAAUAUGGACCUCGCAAAGUCAGGUAUUAAAAUCCUAGUGCCCAAAAGUCCAAUGAAGAGCCGGACAACAGUUGAUGGCUUCCAGAACGAAAGCCCGGAUAAAAUGGACCAUAUAGAACAGGAUCAAGAAGACUCUGUAGCACCAGAAGUAGCCGCGGAAAAACCAGUGGGAGCUUUAUUAGGACCUGGUGCAGAGCGUGCUAGAAUGGGCAGCCGACCAAGGAUACAUCCAUUAGUGCCACAAUUGCCAGUGCCAGUAACAGCCACAAUUGCAUCAGCAUUAACAAUAAAUGGAAAAGGUACAUCCACCUUUAUGGAAGCAUUAGCAGCCAAUGGUACAACCAACAUACAGACAUCUGUGACAGGAGUCACAGCCAGCAAACGAAGGUUUAUUGAUGACAGGAGAGAUCAACCCUUUGACAAAAGGCUACGUUUCAGCGUGAGGCAGACGGAGAGCGCGUACCGGUACAGAGACAUUGUUGUCAGGAAACAAGAUGGAUUCACGCAUAUUUUGCUAUCGACAAAAUCAUCUGAAAAUAAUUCACUAAAUCCAGAGGUAAUGAAGGAAGUCCAGAGUGCACUGAACACAGCAGCUGCAGAUGACAGUAAACUCGUUCUGUUCAGUGCAGUUGGUAGCAUUUUCUGCUGUGGUCUUGAUUUUAUUUAUUUUAUACGACGUUUAACGGAUGAUAGAAAAAAGGAAAGCACUAAGAUGGCAGAAGCUAUUAGGAAUUUUGUGAAUACUUUUAUUCAGUUUAAGAAGCCUAUCAUUGUAGCAGUAAAUGGCCCAGCCAUUGGACUUGGAGCAUCUAUAUUGCCUCUGUGUGAUGUGGUUUGGGCUAACGAGAAGGCUUGGUUUCAGACACCAUACACUACUUUUGGACAAGGUCCGGAUGGAUGUUCAUCCCUUACAUUCCCUCGGAUAAUGGGCCUGGCUUCUGCCAAUGAAAUGUUGUUCAGUGGAAGGAAGUUGACUGCACAGGAAGCUUGUGCCAAAGGACUCGUCUCUCAAGUGUUUUGGCCGGGAACAUUCACACAAGAAGUAAUGGUUAGAAUCAAGGAACUGGUCACAUGUAACUCAGUUGUACUUGAAGAAUCCAAAGCUUUAGUACGCAACAUCAUGAAGGUGGACUUGGAACAAGCAAAUGAAAAGGAAUGUGAAGUUUUGAAGAAAAUCUGGGGCUCAGCACAAGGAAUGGACUCAAUGUUAAAAUAUCUGCAGAAGAAAAUUGAUGAGUUCUGAUGAGAUGCCCAUUGACACUGGAAUUGUAUUUCUGGGACAUCAGGGCAAACGUAAAGUGCCCAUUUAAAAAAAACUAUAUAAACUAACCCCUUGCUCAGCUUGGGAACAGGAGUGGACACCCUCCCCUUUUAUUGUCAAGGGGUUUAAAAGUACUGUAUCACUUAAAUCUGAACAAAACUCCUUUCUCCCUGAUUGUUACAUAUAGAUAUACACACACACACACAAGUGUAUGUGUGUGCAUAUAUAUGUCUUUUAUAUAUAUAUAUAUAAAAUGUAAUAUGUGUGUGAGAGUGUGUAUGUAGACACACGCACACAAGCUAAAAAAAAAAAAGAUAGAGUGCACUACCAAACAUCUCUUUAAAGGCUCUAGUUUUUGUUAUCUUUGGCUAGUACUGUAUCAAAUAGAGAAUGGAUUAAAAAGUGAAUGGUGUUGCAUUAUUUUCUGUGUGGCAGGGAAGUCUGGAAUAAUGCUUUUCUUGUUCAUUAGAUUACAGCAUUGAAACGGGUAUUAGCCAGCCCUUACUUUCACUGCCCAAGGAGUCAACGAAGAUAGAAGGCCUUGUCUUAGAAGAAGGUUGAAAUACCUCAAGCAAUGGAACAUUGUAAAAUGUGGGGUAAUUAAACCCUGUUAAGCUUACAUCACAUAUAUCCCCAAAAAGAGAGUGUGCUCAGGAUUAUUGCUAAGAAAACACUCUGUCCUUUUUGGGGGGGAGGUAUAGAGGGGUGGGAGGAAGAGGGCAGGAAUACGUUUAAUUCUUACCCAGAUAACAUGAAGAAACCACUGUCUCUUAGGGAAGGGGAAUGAGGGGAAGCGGGAGGGAAAUGGAAGGGGAAAGAAAGAAAAAAUAAAAAAGAGCUUGUUUUGCAGUAUUAGUGAAUCACUGAAUAUCUUCUGUAUGACUAUCCUAAGUUAUAAGUUAGUUUUAGUGGGGUUUUUAAAAACGUCUCUGAAUUUGGGAUUUUUUUGUUUGUUUUCUUGCUUUUGGGGUUUGGUUUUUUGUUGUUUUGUUUGGUUGUUGGGUUUCUUUUUUAAUAACUACAUAAGUGCUUCUGUUGCUGGGUGAGAAUACUACUUUAUAUACAGUUUGGAUUUUGUUUUUGGUUCUUUUUUUCCUAUUUGCUGGUUUAAUUGAUGUAUUACACCAAAAAUGCAUUUUAUGUUCAUAAAUUUUAGGUUCACUUAGAAUAUAUUAUUUAAUAAGUUAAAAUUCUUUUGGCACACUAUUACGUAAAAAACAAAAAACUCCUUUUUAAAAAAAAACAACUACCUUAUAUUAGAUGUUUAAUGUUCUUUGUCUAUGCUUUUUUAUUAUUUUAAAUAUACACUAUAUACGGUAUGGUGUAAAAGAGUGCCCUGUGUAAAUAGACCUAUUUUGCAUUCCUUUCAGGAGUGGUUAUUGAUUCCUGACUGCAGAUACCUAUUAUUACUUGGGUGUCUGUGCUUGCAAUCUUAUUGAAUGUAUUAUGAAGAAUGAAAAAGAAAUCAAACCUUAUUUUUGUACAGUUUUGAAGUUUUUACUUGGAACUGACCCACCUCCCCUUCCCAGUGGAGAGCUGUACAGUGUGUAAAUCUGCCUUUACCUUGGAUUGGUACAGUAUUUUUGCAUCUGUGGGACCUACUUCUUUGUUCUUAGUAGUUUGAACUAUAUAUAACUGUACAAUCUGUAAAGUUUUUAUAGAAUAAAUAUUCAGCUGUGAAAACUGGUUAAAUAAAACUAAUAUUUCUUAACACAUUUUAAA